UUCGCUAUCCGUAUAUAUAUACGCGUGGAAAAUAUACCGCAAGACGAUACGUAUACACAGAAAUGACCUUUGCCCGAAGGCGAACGGGCGUCGUAUCCGUCGGCACGGGAGGCGGAACGAAUUCCGAAUUCGCAGCCGCGGCGAUGCCAAUCAGCCGCAAUAACAUAUCUGAAAACAACGUACGAAUAACGGGUAAAUCGCCUCUGGAAUCGAUAUACAUUUAUGCUUGGUAAUUUGUUUGAUCUCCGGCGUACGUGCGGUUCGGCUAGGUAUACCUGUAUAGGUCAAUAAUCGUUGUACAUGUGUACAGGUUGCGCGUAUAUACAUACAUGUAUACCGACGCUUUGAUUCGAGCGGUUCACGUUGUAUUUGCCAGACUGAUUAAAUGUUGACUAACAACAUUUAUGGUGGAAAGUUGUGCGCCGCGAUCAAUCAUCCUGUGUCACCUGACUGGCGUUAGGGUUAAGCCGAUCCGAGCUGCUUUCGUUAUACCGCGCGUAACACGCGUUUUCUCAGUUAUCCCGGUGGGGAAGGCUGCUGCAUCGCGGUACGUGGAGAUGAAAUUUCAAAGUAUUUUUGCAUCGAGGCGUUAUCGACGUUGAGAACAAUUUUUCCACAUCGCGAAUCUCGCUCCCGUAUAUGUACACCUCGCUUCCGGAAUCCUGCUAUUUCGCAAUAUCAUCAUUUAUUUUUCCAUCUAUCGAAUUCUUUUUUCCGCCUCUCUUUAUUCUCACCGAUAUUUCCAAUGACUCGAAAGAAGAAGACUACAGUCACGGUAUGUGGAAACGUCGCGACCCCCCCCCCCGUUUCAAAUUUCCGGUCCCACCCCACGGUAUUUUUCGAGUUUUUAAUAUGUUCGAGUCGUCCACCUGUGAACUGCGACGGAGUCGAACAAUUUUCGGAAACUGAACUCGCGAUAAUUCCGUUUGAAUUUUUCCUCGUUUUCCGAUCCUUCUUUCAUCCGAUAUCAACGAAACGUAUGCGUAUAUUUAUAACAACAUUCAACGUGACAGCGAACGAAACAUUCAACGUUACCGAAACUACGAAAUAGAGAAUGUUUUUUUUUCUUCUGUCUUUCACCAAAAAUUUUGACGGUUCACGUCUUUGAUGAUGAUAUUCAGACGUUUCUUUUUAUUACGAAUUGUUUACUCGUCGAACGAUCUAAUGAAAAAAAGAAAUUCCUUCUUCGUUGUUAAUCCCAACGCGGGAUGGAAGAAAAAAAAAGCCGUCGCCAAAUGUUAAUUGGCAUGAUAACGUUAUAAUAUCAAGUCUUCGGGGUUGAUUGGCACAUUCGUACGCGCGUACGUACGUACGUACGUACAUCGGUGUACGAAUGACGAGAUAAUUAGCAGCCUUGCGAGUCGGUUGAAAAUUGGUGGCUUUAGAUGCCUUCCACACACACAUCGUCGUUUCGAGGAUUAUAUGCGAGAGCAAACAAUCGCCAUUGUACGAAUGUAUAAUGGGUGGUUCACGUGUGUCGAUAAAACACGUCUGGAUGGGAUUGAAGCGUGGUGGUGUGAGGAUAACUGAAAAUACGCGUUCAGUUUAAGCGGCGUAAACGAAGGAGCCAAGAGCGACCGGGGAGAGGAGUCUGAUUAAUGAUGUUUGAGCCACUCGUUGUCCCGUUCAAUGAAAUCCGAGCGUUCCGCAUCACUAUAUCCUAAUGUAUAUUCCCCCCCCCCCCCCCGGUAACAUCAGAAAUAAUUCUGAUUAAAUUAUACGUAUUUACGCUAAACUGCCGCACACAUCUCGUCAUCAAUUUUUCAACAAAACACCGUCCGCCCUUUCAAUCUCCGCUCGUAACAACCGCCGCUGCUCUCUCUACCUGCGGACGGAUUUUACAGUUUCAGAUAAUGCGCCAAAUACAGUGGGAGUCGAAUCGAGGGAUCUUAAUUAUUGGACGACGUCCAUUUCCCCUUGAGAACCGGGACACGUACCAUCGGCGAUCGGGAGAAUCUUAGAACCCGCGGAAUUUUUCAUCCCCGGAGCGAAUCACCGAUUGAAAAUCGAGAAUCGCCGGAAAAUUUUCCAAUCAAUAAAUAAUCACGAUUAAUAAAUCCUAAAAGUACACACGAAUCAAUAAUAUGAUCAAACGAUCGAUAAUUAUCAUACCUACGUCAGAAGUGGUACGAAAUGCGAAAUUAUAGUGCUGCGAUUGGACGUCAGCAGUAGGUGUCGAUAUUCACGACAUAGUGCGUCGGUCGUUCAAGUGGAAAUAUAUAAUUAAUACAAUAAUAAUAAUAAUAAUAAUAAUAAUCGAUAAUAAUAACGACAAUAUACCGAUCGGCAAUCGUACGUCGUAUACGUAAUGUCGGCGAUGCAGGAGAUGGAGGAAGAUAAUUAUUCGGGAAAUAUGGCGGCUCCCUACGGUUCGCAGAUUUACAGCGGCAACGAAACAAUUUCCAAUAACACCCUCGAGAUGGACGAGAUGACGGAAAUUUUGAGCGGAUUUUACGAUGACCUAAACAGCGAGACCAACUACCUUCUGAUAACCCUUUACGUUCCCGUCAUCGUACUCGCCGUCACCGCGAACAUUCUCGUCAUCGUCGUCGUUCUGAAAUACCACUACAUGCGAAGCGUGACCAAUUAUUUUCUGGUCAAUCUGUCCGUCGCCGAUCUACUGGUCACCACGAUCUGCAUGCCCAUGGCGGUCAGUCAGGCUGUCACGAUGAUAUGGGUCUACGGUGAAAUAAUGUGCAAGUUGUUCUUCUACCUCCAAGGGGUCGCAGUGGCCGCUUCGGUUUUCACCAUCACAGCGAUGAGCAUCGAUCGGUAUCUCGCGAUAAGGAGUCCGAUCGCAUUCCGAAGGGUUUUCAACAGGCGAAGUACGAUACUCGUUAUCGCCGCACUGUGGGCUGUGGCCCUCAGUAUUUUUGCGCCGGUUUUGAGGGCGGUGACGUUGAGUCCGAUGAUCGAAUUGGACAACAUAACCCUCGCGGGUCAACGGAUCGAACAUCCGACGUUCUACGUGUGCACGGAAGAUUUCAAACCGCUCGGUAUUCACGCGCAUAUUUUCGGUGCCGCCUGUUUCGCCCUUGUUUACGCUAUUCCCGGUUUCAUAGUAAUUCUGGCGUACUCGAUGAUGGGCCGUACCCUCUGCGCCAGAAAACCACCCUUCGAUUGCGACAGUAUCGAGGGUAGCGCUAGCUCCCAGCAGGGAUUUCGUUUGGUACGUGAGCGACGUCGCGUCGCCUGGAUCCUUCUACUCUUGGCGGUUCUCUUCGCUUUAUGUUGGCUGCCGUACAACGUGCUGAGACUACUUAUUGACCUCGGGGUUCUGGGUGAUGGAAGGGCCAUUUCGGACGUGUUAUCCUACUGUUUAUUCCUUGGUCACGCGAACAGCGCUCUCAAUCCAAUCGUCUACUGUUUCAUGACUCGUAAUUUCCGUCGCAGUGUGUCGGAAAUAUUAUUCCGAAGUCGUCACGCUCUGGCCAGACGCAAACCUCACCGUAAAGUUCCAGACCACGGGGUCCGCUGCGGGGGUCUGCAUCGGAUGCAGCGGCUACGGCGUUACACCGGGAAUCCUGCAGCCGGGGCAGAGAAACCCCCAGUUACCCCUGCAGUCAUCGACUCAAACUCCGUCAAAAGUCAGCGUGCAGGGUACGGUUCGAGCGACAACGACAAGCAGCGGAUACGACAGCUCCUACAGCAGACACAGUCCGCACCGGCGGUGCUACAUGAUGCUGCAGAAGCCCUCGCACUCCGAUCCCCGGCGACAAGGGGAGUCCCACGGGCGGAGGCAAAAAAUCGAGAAUGCAGAUCGGGAGGAGAACCGGUGCACCGUUCAACGGAAUUUACACUGCACUCUGCUGCACUGCGACUCGGCACGGGAAAAUAUUUAAACGAAGAUGAAACUACCACCGCUACCACUACCACUACGCCUAAGACUACCACUGUGACUACGACUACGACUACCACUACGACUACGACUACAACCGGGACAACUAAGACGAGGACGACUGUCGCGACUACGACCGAUGCGGUGAGGUAAAAAGGCGUGGAAAUAAUAUCCAUCUCGGACUAUAAUCAAGAGCCUAACUUACACGAGAGUGGUGUACAGAGGUACACAGAGAUCCCUGUUGUCCAUCGGGAAUCAACCACCGACCCACUCUAACCAUCCGAUGCCCAACGGUACAGGUGGACCACCGUCUCAAACGGAUGGCCC